CAUUCUGUUAUCAUUCAUGUCUGUUAAGCAAAUAGCUCCAUCAUUUUCACUUAAUAAUACCAGAAAAAAAAAACAAUUUACAACGCCAAUCAAUAUCGCAUUAUAUUUUCCAUGAAAGCAUUAAGAAAUAAAUUCAGUAACUGCUAAGCAAUGGAUAUUCUCACAAAAAAUAUUGUUAAAGCAAAAAAGUCUAAUUGGCAACUGUUCACAGCUACCAAUUACACAUCUUUGAUGUACCCGAUUUUUAUGCUGUGCAAAAUAAAUGGUUUAUUCCCGUACAAAGUGACAAAGAUACAAUCAACGGCAAUCACAAAUUCGAGAAUUACAAAUAUUUAUUCGGCAAUUGUCUUUGCAACUUAUAUAGUGAUUUUUGCGUUGAUAAUCUACUAUAUAAAUGUAUCUGGCGCAAUAAAAUUCGCCCGGGUACCAGCAUUUUUGCAGGCUCACUGUUAUCUCAGCUUAGGCUGUUUCAUGUUUGUGGUUUCACUCGUUCAAAGCAAUUCUCGGGUAAUAUUCUACCAGAAAUUCAACGCAGUAACUCUCGAAAUUUCGCCGGCAAAAUUGGCAAAAUUAUCCAAAAUCAUUCAUAUUAUUGAGCUGAUUGGCGUUGGAUUUCUACUUUUGCAAUUUCCGAGUAUUUAUUCAGGAAACUAUAAAAUUUUUCUGUUUCGUGCACUCGCGAUGCAUACGACCUUCAUUAUUUACUGCAUCGAUAAGAUUUAUAUUAAUCAUGCAAGUUUGAUUGGCGUUUGUUUCACGACAAUAAACGAAAAUUUGUAUAAGCUGAAAGACAAUUUGCGAAUCAAUGAACGUCAUUUAUUAAGGCGUAACUAUCACAAAAAAUGGAAUCCGUUAUUGAUAAUAAAUAUCCAACAAAUCAUCAAGCAGCAUAAUAAUGUCAGUAAGCUAACUGUCGAAAUAAAUGAGAAAUUUGGAUUACAAAUGAUUGCUAGUGUUACCUUGACAUUCAUUGAAAUAACGUUUUCGUUGUACUUUUAUAUUUUGAGAGCACUUGGUGUGAGUGGUGUGAAUAUCGAAACUCAAAUUUGGUUUUCGUAUUUUGUUACUUCGAUGAGUUACUAUACGAUCAAGUUGCUGUUGAUGGUUAUCAUGUGCGAGGAGUGCAGGAAGCAAUCGCGGAAAACAGGGAUCAUUGUACAUGAGAUUCUCAAUGAAACCAAAGAUAAAGAGAUCAAUGAUGAGUUGCAGAUAUUCUCACUCCAGCUUUUGCAUCACGACACGACAUUUACGGUAAAAGGAUUGAAAAUAGAUGCGACUCUUCUCACAUCCUUUGCCGGAGGAAUAACAACAUAUUUUCUUAUCCUCAUACAAUUCCUUAUGUCAUCUAAAUCAUGCGCUGAAGUAGUUGAUGAGAACAGUGGAUAAAUAAUUGAUAAGUAAAAUUUCUAACAAAGAAUUUAAUUUUAAGAGCUGUCUAACUAUUAAAAUUUGAGUAUAAGAAUUGUCAAGUAUAAAGUAAUAAAUAAAAUAAAAUUAGAUGUGAUUAAAUCUAAUCAUGCUAUGUUGAGAAAACAAAAAUAUAAAGCGAUGAUCAACAGUCGAUAAUACUUGUAAAACUUGCUAGAAGAUUUUAUAUUUAU